AUUUGUUUAUAAAAAUAAAGAAAGCAGAAUGAUCAGCAGCUAUGAGGUAUUUUUCGCAACUCGGGACGAGUGUGCAAACGUUGCUCUAAUACGGCGUUACAUAACGGAUCGAUCCAAUCCUUUGGAUCUACCAGUUGUUAAGUUCGUAAGCAAUUUUCGGAUAUCAAAGAAGCAUUUGUUUAUUUGUUGGAGGAACUAUCCCCUCAUUUCAAAAGCAACUUUCGGUCAACUGCGGUACCUCCAAUCCUGAAACCCUGCGCAGCGCUCCGUUUCUUUGCGGAAGGGAGUUAUCAAAAAUGCCAAGGGAAUGAUUUCAAUAUUGGCAUCUCCCAACCCACUAUGUCGGUAAUACUAACUGAAGCUACCUCUUUAAUCGAGCGGAAGAUUUGUCCCAAGCACAUCAAAUUUGAUAUUAGUGAAGAAGAGCAGAAUAAAAGCAAAAUAAAUUUUUAUAAUAAGAGUGGAUUUCCAGGUGUGUGUGUAGGGUUGUGUGGAUGGCACUCAUGUGCACAUUUCAGCACCUGAAAAGGAACUGCAACACCUAUUCAUAAACAGAAAAGGAUUUUUCAGUAUAAACGCGUUAAUGGUUUGCGAUUUCAAUAUGAACAUAACGUAUGUCGAUGCCAGAUAUCCAGGAGCCACGCAUGAUUCCUUCAUAUGGAAUAAUAGUACGCUCAAGGAAAUUAUGUCGAAUAACACAGGAGAAAAUACAUGGCUUUUAGGUGAUGCUGGGUUUCCGUUGGAGACAUAUCUGAUGACUCCAUUUCGAGCCGCAGUAAAUGGUAGUCCAGAAAGCAAAUACAACAAAGUACACUGCAAGGCAAGGAACAUUAUAGAACGGACUUUCGGCGUUUUGAAAUCAAAAUUUAGAUACCUAUCUUCUGAGCGUGGACUUCACUAUGCACCACAGAAGGCAACUGCCAUCAUAAAUUCGUGUUGUGCCGUUUACAAUAUCGGACGUCGCUUUGAUUCACGUUUUGAAGAGCCCAGUAUAGAAGCCGAGACUAUAGAGACAGAUAUAAAUUCUGAUUUUGAAACAAACAGCCAUAAUAUUCUAGCACAAGAAAUAAGAAAUAACUUGAUGAAUUCUUUCAUACAAUAAAAUCUCUUUAUUGAUAUAAAAAAGCAACAAAAAUAGUUAACAUUUAACUAAACAAAAAAUAUGUAUUCAUAUGAAUAAAAAGGCACUAUUUCAUUUGUACCUACUAUAAAAAGCCUCUGAAGUAUUUAAAAUACUAUAAAAUAAAUUCAAGUUCAGUGCUUCUCGUUCCUCACGUGACUUGGUGCGAUUUAUAAUCCGC